AUAAGGAAAUUGGAAAUGGUUAGCUCUGAGAAGAAGAAGAUCCGGUUGAAUCUUUCCAUUGAAAUUUCAGGAUUGUUGUUGUUGAUAUUAGUAUCAAGUAGUGUGGCAGAUGUUGUUGUUCUAAAUGAUAACAACUUUGAGAAGAACGUUGGACAAGAUAGAUAUGCUUUUAUCAAUUUCUACUAUCCAGGGUUCCUAACCUGUGAAAGGCUUGAUCCUCAGUACGAGAAUCUUGGUGAAAACAUUAAAAUGGCUAAUGAAUCUGUUCUCAUUGGAAAGGUCGACUGUGAAAAGAAUUGGAGCAUAUGUAAGAAGUAUGAGAUCACUGUUUGGCCAACACUGAAAUGGUUUUAUAAAGGAUCAUUGAAACCAAAAGAGUAUGAGGGGCAAUGGCAUGUACAAUUUCUUUCUGAUUUUGCAAACACUGAAGCAGAGACAAAUUUGAAGAUAGAAACUGUUCCUUCCAAUUUAGUGGUGCUGACAGAUUCUAAUUUUGAUGAAACCAAAAACGUUAUGGCUGUGUUUUAUGCAUCAUGGAGUGUUAUUAGCAAAGCACUUCUACUUGCAAGUACAUUAUAUUAUGAAAUUCCCCUUUCUAUCUUCAAGGCUAUUAAGAAAGAAAUAGGAGCUGAAUUGACAAGGUUGCGGGUGAAAAUUUGAAGAAGUGCAAAUUAUGCUCCAUUUUUACUUUGGCUUUUCUAUUUCGUUUUCUAGAGUUAUGAAGAGAUUGCAACUGCAAUGAAGAGUUCUUUUGUGGUUGCUACAUUAGAUGUCGUCAAAUGCAAAGAUAUUUCUGAUAAGUGAGUCAUAAUUUUAUAUCAGCUUACCUCAAUAGGUUUAUUAUC